UAUAAGAGAGUGAAAAGGAUUACUCUCUAUAAUUGUACAAUGGCCUAAAAAGUAGAACGUUCCAGGAGAAUUCAAUACUUUCCCUACCCUGAAGAACAUAGGCAUGAUGCACAUGCAAUCCAAGAGACAAGUUACUUUUUCUUUUUCCUUUUAACCCUUUAUUCAUCUCUGUCUUUCUUCUAGGAAUUUUGCUUAUGUUAGAAUUGUCUGAGAAGAAUUCUUAAAGUAGACAUUGGAAUGAUCUUCAUAAGAGGAAUCAAGGAAAUAAAUCAUCAUGACUUGUUGUAGUGACUGUAGUAACGAGCGAACGGCUUCAAGAAGGCUGCCAACUUCUCCGGAUCAUCAUGACAAUGCUAACAAUCAUGAAAGCCCUAAAAGUAAACAAAUGAUGGCUUGUCCCUCCUGUGGUCUUACACUCCAGUCUCCAGAAAAGGCUGGAAUUCAUGACCUUCCAGGAUUACCUGCUGGGGUGAAAUUUGAUCCUAGUGAUCAGGAAAUUCUUGAACAUUUGGAGGCAAAGGUGAGAUCAGAUGUUCAUAAGCUUCAUCCUCUGAUCGAUGAGUUCAUCCACACACUUGAGGGAGAAAAUGGAAUUUGCUGUACGCAUCCAGAGAAAUUACCAGGAGUAAGCAAAGAUGGUUUAGUCAGGCAUUUCUUUCAUCGCCCUUCAAAAGCAUACACCACUGGGACUAGGAAAAGAAGAAAAGUACACACGGACAUAGAUGGCUGCGAAACCCGGUGGCACAAAACAGGCAAGACUAGGCCAGUUGCUGUUAAAGGAAAAGUGAAAGGGUUCAAGAAGAUACUUGUGCUCUACACUAACUAUGGGAGGCAAAGAAAACCUGAGAAAACAAAUUGGGUGAUGCAUCAGUAUCACCUAGGCAAUAAUGAAGAUGAAAAGGAAGGUGAAUUAGUGGUUUCCAAGGUUUUCUACCAAACUCAACCUAGGCAAUGUGGUUCCUUGAUCAAAGACUCUCCUGUGAAAGGAAAUGGGCGAAUUGGACAUGAGGGUUCUCAUCUCAACAACUCUACCUUUGUCGAAUACUACAAUUCAGCUCUCAUUUCCUUUGAUCAAUGAUCCAGUUGGAGUAAUCUAAUUCUACCAGAGGGGGAAUAAAUUAUAUGCUGAUUUAGGAGAAGCUGGAAAAUAAGACAAGUUCCAUAGCUGAAGGCCAAGGGACACAUCAUACAAACCCUUUAAUAUGGAGGAUAUAUAGCUCAUGCUUAAGUUUUUAACAGGAAACUGGAGUAUUUAUAAUUUCUGAAAUUUUCGAUUACUUUGUACAGGAGAGGCUAACGUAACUUCUUGAUUCAUCAUCCUUCUAACAUUCUCGGAAUGAUCAGAAAUAAAAGUUCAACUGUACAAAGAUAAAAUUUUCAUUUAGAAUUCAAUGUUGAAGACUCCUUUCCA